AUGGGCGGUUUUGAAGAGAUUGCGGCGUCGAACCUUCUCCGUGAACUGACUGGCAUGCACCUUUAUAUCUCUUUUAAUCAACUGGAGCUAUUUGCCGGGCAAGAAGGGCCUGAGGAAGCACUAGCAGUAUAUCCAACUCUUCACACAUGGUUCCAAAGCGAGUCGUCUCGGCACGCUGUCUGGAAUGCAGGCCAAGUUCUUCGUUGCAUGAGAGCUAUUCCCGUUGGUGCGCUGCACAUAUUCCAUGCUAUAGCCUGCUACCAUGCGAGCUUAUGCCUCUGUAUUUACGGAAUCAUUUCCAAACGCAGUACCAGCCAGGCGACAUCACCAGAACCUACAUCUCCAGAGACGUCAGUUCUUCUCGUGGACGGAGAAGAAACUCUCUCAACCCGACGCUGGAUUCAGCUGGGUUUUGGAACACCUGUAAUUUCUAUGAGCCCGACGAGUUCAGAUAUGUCAGCACAGCCGGAAGAGACGACAGCACUUAGCUCGGCGAACAUAACAAUGAAUGUGGCAAUUGAAAUUAUUCGCAAGAAGUUCCGGGAGCUGUUGGACAUCGAACCACGGCUUGUGGGCAAUAUUUGCCGCUUAAUGCAGACCAUCGGAAACAUGGACCAAACCGGAUUAUUUGGCUCGAGAGACGCUCCCCAGUAA